AAGAAGGAAGAAGUUGAAACAAUGGGAAUUGAUGGUAAAGAUGUCUGUGUGAUCGUCUGGAAAAUCAUCAGAUUCUCGACGAAUACAACUUUCAGAUACGUAAAGAGAUAUCCACUUGCUUCUGCUGUUUCAACGUUUAUGAUCCUCCUGUACACUUUUCUUCCUCGUGUUUUCUAUCUCAUGCUCUGUUCUUCACCGUUGAUAGCUUGCGCUUCGUUUUACCUCCGGAAUCAUCUGAUUUCAAAGAUCGGCGAUGAUUCCUCGGAGGAGGUAAAGAGAACGAAUCGUGGGUUAUCCUCGGAUUCGCGAGAGCGAUCUGUUUCCGGUGAGGGAAGAACAGAGGCGGCUGAGUUAAAACACCAACGAAGUGUUCGACGAAAUGCCAGAAGGAAAGUUGAGGAGGUUGGGAAAGAUUGGGAUUCGUCUCAGGCUAGCGAGGACGAAAGAGGAAAGGUUAUUCUGACGACUCUCUACGGAGAAUUACCACCGGAGAAAACAAUCACUCCUGAUCUGGAGACAUUCAAGAGAGAAAGGUCAUUGCUUGUGGCAGAAGAAAGCUUCGUUGAGUCUAACCUGGACAACGAAGGAUACGUUGUUGUCGUGGAUCCAAUGGAGAACAUAACAAGUGCUGGUGAUGGUGAAGCUGAAGUAGAUUACUCAUCAUCAUCAGAAGAAGAGGAAGAAGAGGAAGAAGAAGAAAAGGAAACAAACACGGUCGUAGUAGCGUGGACAGAAGAUGAUCAGAAGAAUUUGAUGGAUCUUGGGGCAUCUGAGAUCGAGCGAAACAAGAGGCUAGAGAAUUUGAUCUCUAGAAGACGAUCAAGGAGACUGUUCCUAUUUGCAGCUGAGAGAAGCCUGAUGGAUAUGGAGGUUCCUCGGAUUUGUGUUGGUCGAAACUAUUACGGUUUGGAUAAAGAAAACUACGAAAUCGAUGGACUUGUCAUGCCUGGCUCUGCACCUUCCGUUCUAUUACCGAGAAGAAACCCUUUUGACCUUCCUUAUGACCCACAUGAAGAGAAGCCGAACCUGACAGGAGAUAGUUUCCAUCAAGAGUUUGCAGAAGCUAACCCUAAAGACAUCUCCUUUUGCCGCCACGAGAGCUUCCAUCACAGAAUCUUCCCGUCAGAAUCUCAAAAGGAUUCCAAUUUGGCGUCUUUGUGGAGAAAGACAGUUGAUGGUAGGCCUAAGCCACUGCAAGGUAGCGACGAUCUACUUCCUCUAAUGGAAGAAAGAGAUCUUACAAGAGAAAUGAUGGAGGCAGGGGAGGUACGUGUAGAGACUGAUUCCAUUAGAAACGAUGAUAGUGACUCGAACACGACGCUUUCUCCACGAGAAAGAGAGAAAGAUUUCAAUGUCUCUGACCAAUCAGAUGCUUCUGAAACAUUCUGCAAACGAAACGAGCGUGUUGGAAGAUCUCUUGCGGGUUUAGUGCCUAGAAGCAACGGUUCGAGCUCACUAGCGACUGCGAGGCAAAGAUAUAUGGAGCAUUUCGGUUACAGCACAAGGAAAAGUCAUAUGGUGACACAUUCCGUUGACUCUGACCUUCAAGUUGAGGUUUCUGAGAUCGGAUCACCUCCAACUUCAGUUGAUGGGAAUGAUUCCUCUGAUGAAGAGAGAUCUUUGUUUAUAUACGAGUCGGAGAUCGGAAAUGGAAUGGGUUUUAAUGGUGGGGAAUCUGAAAUCUUACCUGUAGGGAAAGUUGAUCAAGAUCUAACUGAAACAGAAUCUUUAGCAUCUCCAGAAAUUGAAGAAGCAAAGCCCAUGGUUACUCACCUUGAUGAAGUUCUCUGUCAAAGAGCAGAGGAGUUGAAGAAACUUCCCGAGAACUCAGCUGAUGAGAUAAAGAUUAGUUAUGACUCUGGCGAACGUGAACCAUCAGAGAGGACUGAUCAAGAAUCUGAAGAAACGUGUGAGAGAAAUGACGAAGAAGAAGUGCAACAAGUUGCAGAAGCUGAAGCUUCUAAUGUAAAUCAUCUUGGAGCCUCUGAAGAAUCUGCUACUUCUCCAAGAUCAGUAUUACGAGACAUGUUAGCUUUAAGCCAGACUCAUUCUGAGGAUAUGGAUCAUACAUCAGAUGGUCAGCUGCGGAAUGUGGAUCCACCUGCAGAAUCAUCUCAUAAUCAAAUAGAUCAGGAACAUUCUGAGCCAACUGAGAAAACUACAGUAGAAACCGUUUGUUCGGUUGCCACAAGAACAAUUCAGGAGAAGCAAGAGGUUAAAUCUGAAGAAGACCAUAAAUCUGCAGAAGGAUUCAAAAACAAUCAAACCGAUGAUGGUGUUAAUUGAUGAAAUGAGGAUUAAUCCCAUUCUUUACGGA